CUAAUCUUAUUAAUGGAAUGAGAUUCAUGAGAUUAGAUGGAGAUAAUAUUAUCACCUUUGCGCGUUGAUCUCGUGCUAAGACAACAAACAGUGAAUGCUAGCUUGGCAGCCAUAAUCGCCCAUCCGCUCUCGUCUUCUUCCUGUCUUCAAUUUCUCCGUUCAAAUCUCUUUCACGCGAUCUCCCUCUAUAUCCUCGCAACACGCACUACACACUUAAUCAUGGAGUCGGAGCUUGGAAUUUUGGUGUAGCAGCUGUUAGAAGAUGAGAUUAUAAUGCUUACAGAAGUAGGCAAUUUAGGGGUUUUCGAGCGUUUGGUUUGCUAGGAGAGUAAGGUGAUGUUCUGAUGGAUUUCGUUUUGGUUCUUUUCGCUGUGGACUUUGGUGAUAAUCAGCUCCUGUCACGUCUGCUCAUGUGGUGGCGGAGUUGGAGGAGGAAGUGGCCAUGGAUUCCGGUGGCCGUGGAAGCAGUAGAGACCUCUUGGCCUCUUGGGUGCCCCUGCUCAUGUGGUGGACAUGCAGCAUUAAGAAUUGGAGCAAAUUGGUUUCCAUACUAACUUGAAUUUGCUCUUAGCUUUGUUUGCCUUUCGGUGUUCACAUUUUUUCCCCAAAUUCCUUGAAUGCUAAGGGAGUAAUUGCCUGCUUAACUACCUAGUGUGAAUUUUGUGAUAUCUUCUGUUACUUAUUGCUAGAGGUGGUGGAAUUUGAAGGCAAUAAGGAGGCAUGAGCUGGAGAUUUAGUUCUUUAUCUGAAAUCUUAUGCUCUGUUUGAUGACUACAUUCAAAAGAGGGAUAUACUUUGACAAUGCAGUGAAUUUUCUUUCUUGUAGUGGAUAUUUCAGAUAACUGCAUUUAUUAGGUUACUUAAAAUAAUUGGCGAAACGGUUGCUUUGAAACUUGUUACUUCAUUCAGUCUUAUUUCUUAAAAGGUGUCUCGGAUCUUUUGCUGUGUAUAUCAUCUGAGAUGAUCAUGUGUGUUCUGUGACUUGAUCCGACCCUGAAACGAUUGUGAAGGAUUUAGGUGUGUUACAUCCAGUUCUGAGAAUGAUGCUACCAGAUGGAGUUCUAUAUUGUUGUCAGACUACCUCUAUCUCCAUACUGUUGUCAGACUGCUUCUCUCUGCUGGCACAAUUUCUUUUUUGGAUGCUAUCAGAUGGGUAAUGGGAGAAGCUUGUGCUCUUCUGAGCUGUGGAAAGGAUUAGAGGUUCAUCUUGAUAUCACUUCCAAUGAUUAUAAUAUUGGAUAUGCACAUCUAAAAUUGGCCUAUCCUUGAUUACUGGAGAGCUGAAAAUUUUCAAACAGAGUUUCCAAUAUUUCAUAAGAAAGGUGCUGUCUUCUGUUAAGCAUUUAACCAUUAAAAUGUGGAUUAAAAUACUUAACGAUGGUAAUAAGGGUUCUAUCCAAAGAGAAGAAAAGAUUGUGGUACUAGUGUACUACCUUAUGGUGGUUAAGGGUGGAAUAGAAAAAAAGAGGGGAACUGAUAACAGAGCCAUAAAUCUGUCAACAUGUGAAACAAGCUAUGCAGCUGAAGCCUAGCACUCUCUCAAAGUUGCUAGAUGAUCAUGGUUUCAGCCUUUCAGGUGCAAAGCUGAAGAGGAUCCAAAGAGCAAGUUCUGUACCAGAAUCUAUGAAGUUGUUUGCUGAUAACAUGGACCACAGGCUCAUCUCCUCUACAACAUCAAGCACAGGGGGAAUACUUACAAAUUCCCGUGUCUUGGAAAAGAAUGUGACUUCAUUGUCAUCUCAAGGUUGUCUAACAUCUGAGGACAGUCCAAGAACAAAUAUUUGUGGGGCUCAUGAUCCAUCUAUAGUUGUUCCAUCAAAUGUUAAUGGUGCUGUAAAUGCUGGCUACAAAGUUAAAACAUCGGUAUGGCCUUCACAGAAGAUAUUACAUUCUAAGGUAGAAGCUGAAUAUGAUGUUCAAGGACAAGAAAUGUUUUCCUCCUCAACUAUGACAGCUGAAACUAUAUUGAAUGAGAAAACAGAGCACUUAACCACAAAGAGGCAAUAUCAUAGCACAAGGAAGUGUGAUAAUACACCUCCAAAGCUGAGGCGUCAUAGCGUUACUAUUCAAGCUGGGCAGAGUCCAGUUGACAGUUCUCUAAAUUUGAAAGGUGCAUCAGGCAUUGAUCAUAAACAGCUGGUAGCAGUUGCAAACUCGGUUCAUGUUGCCAAAAGAGUUGCCUCUGCUAGCCCAUAUUGGAGUAAAAUGGAAAAUAUCUUUGCUUCUGUCAGUCCAGAGGACUUAGAUUUUCUGAAUAAACAAAUGAAUGUUUCAUUCAAAUUCGGGGAGUGGCCGUCCGAAAUGUUGGUAGAUGAAAAUGCAACACUGGGUCUCAAGGAAAAAGAAGCAGAUAGUAAAAAACACGAAAAUGACAAAGGACAAGUUUCAGUUGACUCUGAUCCUUUAUUUCAAGGAGCCCAAAGUAUGAGUAGAUUGGACAGAGUUCCCUCAUUAACCCAGAGAGUUCUUUCAGCUCUGAUUGAUGAAGAUGAAGUUGAAGACUUGUACAAUCAGAAUGAAGCUCCAGAUAAUUGCAAUGAAAGCUCAUCAAAUGGUUGCUUGCCGUUUCCAGCUAGAGGAGAUUUUCCUGAGAUUUCCAAAGAGGAUUCUGGUUCAAAAUUUUCUUCAAAGCUGGGCACAUCUGAUAUAUCAUCCUGCAGUUCCCAGUAUCAAAUGCUUCCACUUGAUGAUAAAAUACGAAUGGAGCUACAGAGCAUUGGCAUACCUCUGGAUUCCAUGCCUUGCCCACCCUUGGAGGAAAAAUCUGUUGAUCAAGAAACUAUGGAACUUAAAGUUGAGCUGGAUAAACAGGGUAUAAAGAAGGCAAAACUCUUGAGCCAAAUUGAUGAAGCCAUUCAGCGUGAAAGUCAAGAGGAGAAAAAGAACGUUGAGCAGGUAGCAAUGAAUCUACUUCUCAUCACGGCAUACAAAAAGCUGAUGGCUAGCAGAGGUGGUAAUUCCUCAAGAAAAGCUGCUAGUAAAGUAGUAGAAGGAAAGACAAAAGCUUUUGUCAAUCGUACUCUUGUUAGAUACAAGGAAUAUGAAAGUACAGGAAAGAGUUGCUUCAGUGAGCCCGAGUUGAAAGAAGUCCUUUUCUCCCCUCCACGCGAAAAAGAUAUGAAGUCUGCAUUGAGUAGAUUUCGAAGGAAUUUCAGUGUUGGCUGCCACAAAAAGGCAACCCGGCGUAAAUCUUGCCACAGAUAUAAAGCAAAAAGUGGUGCUUCGAAUGCUGGUAAAGCUGCAGCUUCUUCCUCAGGCAGUGGGGUUCAGACAGGAGAUUCAUCUGGUUCAAGGGUGCACUUAAAGCGUUCAUCCUCAGUAGCAUCAUUGAAAGAUGAUUCAUCCUCGGGCUCGGGUAGGGUGAAGAGAAAGAAAUCGGUGAGUGAGGUAGAGGUCCUCCAUGCCCCCAAAGCAAUAGGAAAUUCGAAGAGAAGUAGUAGUUUAAGUUCAAGUUCAAGGAGGAGGGGUGAAAACGGAAGCACUCCUACUACUACUACCAGUGGCAUCAUGAUUGUUCCAUCAUCAGCAGAAUGUUGUGGGAGGUUGAAAAACAAAGCAGCAGAGGAGGAAGAAGUGGAUGAUGUUUUAGCAAGGGAAAGUGAGCUUCAUGAAGUGCCGAUCUCUGAGGACCCUGCUAUUAAGGAACUGAGCAAUACUGUGAGCGUUGUUGCCACUGAGAAAGCUCCGCUGUGAUCCAUCUGAACUAAUUCUGGCUUCAAUUCGCUAUUUUACAUGCAUGCAUGCAUUUAUCCCAUAAACAUCAAGUAUCGGGUUGAGCCCAUAUAAAUAAUUUCCAUUUUAAAAAAUGGACACCUCAACGUAACUAUGUUAAAGAAAAACUUUUUGUGACAUCCAGGUAAAUGACUAAUCAGUCAGUUUAUUUUUCUCUAUGGAAUUGAAGUUUGGAAUUCUAUUUGGAUUUAAAUGAGAAGACAUUUUCUUGAAAUA